AUGUCCCACAGAUCCGCCUCAUCCUCCCCUUCACCAUUCUUCUACCCCUAUGACCCCGACUCGCCUCUACUCGUCAUCAAGGGCAUCGUCUCUACUGCUACUUUUGGAGCUGCCACAGGCGCCUCGAUUGGAGUCGCCCAAUCUCUCAAUCCCACCGUGCUGGCUAUGAACAUGACUUUGAACAUGUCUAUCGCCGGUCUUGGAUUCUUCGCUCUUCGAGAAUACAUCAUCUCCCCUCUGCUGUUAUCAAUAGAAGCCACCCCCGGCCACUCUAUUCGUCUGCACGAACUCCAACGGCGCCUGGAUCCAUCGGAAACGAUAGGACAAGGAGAAGCACCGACAGUGGGGCAGAGGAGAACUGAGAGAAUUCUGGAUAGUGCUCUAGCUGGGGGAUUGACUGGUGGGGUAUUGAGUGCUGCUUUCCGAGGCAGGGGGACAUUUGGGAAAGCCGCCUUCACUAGUGGGCUUAUAACAUCGACAUUACAGCUCGGAGUAAAUCAGUUCAGGGUGAUGAGGUUGAAUUACCUCGCUGGAGAAUCAUCUCCUUCACCUGCUGAAAGCACUCCUCCUUCUACACCGCCGCCCGUAUCGUUACCACCCACUCCCGCAUUCGACACCCUCAAAUCUGACCUCCCCAACCCCCAACCAGCCGAUAAACCUUCGCUCCCCGAACGCAUGAUGACCUCUCUUUCCACCUUCCUUCCCGUCCGCAAGCUCACCAACCAAGAGUACCUCGAGACGCUGGAAAAGAAGAAGGAAGGGGUGGAGAAGAGGUUGAAAGAGAUUGCGGAUGAGGAGGUGAGAAUGUAUGAGUGGGCAGACAGGCAGGGAAAGCAGCCUUCAUGA